AUGAAUUCCAUUGAGUUUCCCUUACUUGAUCAAAAAACCAAAAAUUCAGUUAUUUCUACUACAUUAAAUGAUCUUUCAAAUUGGUCAAGACUAUCUAGUUUAUGGCCGCUUCUCUAUGGUACUAGUUGUUGCUUCAUUGAAUUUGCUUCAUUAAUAGGAUCGCGAUUUGACUUUGAUCGUUAUGGACUGGUACCACGCUCUAGUCCUAGGCAGGCAGACCUCAUUUUAACAGCGGGCACCGUAACUAUGAAAAUGGCUCCUUCUUUAGUUCGAUUAUAUGAGCAAAUGCCCGAACCAAAAUAUGUUAUUGCUAUGGGAGCCUGUACAAUUACAGGAGGUAUGUUCAGUACCGAUUCUUAUAGUACUGUUCGGGGCGUGGAUAAGCUAAUUCCUGUGGAUGUAUAUUUGCCGGGCUGUCCACCUAAACCGGAAGCCGUUAUAGAUGCUAUAACAAAACUUCGUAAGAAAAUAUCUCGAGAAAUCUAUGAAGAUCAAUUUAGUUAUCAACGAGAGAAUAGGUCACCAGGAGGACUAUUAGCGAAUUUUCAAGAAAGGGAAUCUUAUGAUAUGUUAGGAAUCUAUUAUGAUAAUCAUCCGCGUCUGAAACGUAUUUUAAUGCCCGAAAGUUGGAUAGGAUGGCCUUUGCGUAAAGAUUAUAUCGCCCCCAAUUUUUAUGAAAUACAAGAUGCUCACUAA